AUGGGGAGAAAACUACCGUGGAAGACUUCCCCGACUCAAUCAAGCCCUGGGAAGAGAUCAUCUUUAAAACUCGAAAGUCCAAACCAGACACCAUCUCGUUUAUCGAAUCCUGCCAUUGGCAGUCCUUCAGCAUCUACAAAAAAACCGCGUCUUGACCGCGUUGUCAAAUCAGAAGAUGGCACGCGAAGUCCGUCGACAUCGCCUCCUCCAGAGCCACCGCCAGAAAGAUUCAUGAGACCAGGUCUCGACCACGAUGACCGCUAUCGUAUGGUCGAAGACGAAUUUCUCAACAUGGCUCAUCAAUUCACCGUUCAUCUCCAUCGCGCAGAGUACGAGCGCCUAAAGAACCUGGCUAAGCACCAGAACGCGGAUACUAUUCGCGAGAUAGAGCGCCCUAUCGUCGGCCCGCCUACCUUCCUUGCGCGGCAGCGCCAGGAGACCGCGCAUCGUGCAUCCAAGCAGCGCAGACUUCUCGCCGACUCUUCCAAUAAAAACGACACACCCUUCACCGGGUCAAAUCUGCAGGGUCUCAUGGAAAGUCCAAGGAAGGAGCACAAGUGGAUAUCAGCAGGUCUGGCCGACGCAGCCAAGACAAGAGCUUCUGCUGGGUUUGAUUCACAAAAGAUCACUCCGUUGCGAAUGAGACAGAUCGAGAAACCUAGUUCAGGGAAGAAGAGGCAACUUUAUCUAGCGGAUGAUGAUGAGACGGACGACGGAGAGGAAUUGGACCUCAGUACGCCUUCACGCAAGCCUGUGACAAAAGCAGCGCGCUCAGUCCACACUUCGAGUCCAGUUGUGUCGCACUCAGCACCACGGUCGUCGUUUAGUACACCCCGAACUUUGAGCACAACUAUGAACAAAACCUCACGAUCCGGUUCUAGUGUUAAACGGCCGACUACAGUACCAGGGGAUAGCACACACGGCAUAGCUAAGCGCAGCGAUGUUCACGAAGACAUAGACGAUGAUGACAUUUUCGGCAUCACGAAAAGAAUGUCUGACCGCCGUAAAUCAAGAGUGCUAAACCGCCGUACGGAAGACAAAGCACCCGCCAAAUCCUCACUCGAUGAGAUUCCCUCAUUCAUAUAG